UUUGCAAAUUGCAAUAUGUUAGUUUAUUUUUCAUAGUGUUUUUUUGCAUAUGCAAAAUAUUUUAAAAUGGUCUCGCAAGUAACCGUUUGUUCCCCAUUAUUGUCAAUAAUAGAUUUUCUUUGGAUAUAGCAAACUACAUACUGUAUAAAGCAAAUUCUUUUUUUGUUAAUCUAGGUAUUGGUGUAGAUAAUAUAAUUUAUAACUUAAUCCAUAAUUUAAAAAAAAGAAAACUAAAACAAAAUAAUAACUAAAAACAAUCAAAUUAAAUUGUAAACUCAAAAAAUAUAGAUUUCUCACACUUAUUUUAAAAAGUUGAAUAAUUCGUACAAAACAACUAAAUCCGAUUUGCCAGAGGACCGAUUUCAACUGCCCGAGACCAUUGUGCGAUGUGUCCGAUUGUGUGCGCGUGUGUGUGAGAGUGGUUGUGUGCGUAGAGGGUGAAAAGUCGCAGGCAACAAACAGCCAGGCUCUAGUGUAGCUUUUGCUUAGACGGACUUUUUUUUUCGUGGGUAGUGAACGGCAAUGUCGAAAACCACUCGUUCUGUGCGCAUUGUGCUGCAGAUUGUUGUUGAUUGAAAGUGUAAAGUUUGUCAAACACGCGCCGAGCAGUGUUUCAGCCACCCGUGUGUAUGCGUGUAUGUGUAGCAAUCGUCCGGGAGGUUUGCGUUUGCCUCUCCGUGCCAUUGUGACUGACGGAGCGUUUUGUGCGUCGUGCGCGCGACACUACCAACGAGAGGCCCAUCACUUUCCUGUGCCCCGAAGCCUGUGGAAGCCAGCCAACCUGCCCUCGCACACCGGUGAAUGCUGUGAAGCGUCCGCUGGCAAAGUCUACUCCGUUGGUGCUUUUGUAGCGCACGAUUGUCCACGCGCCAGUAUCGGGAGAGAGAGCGCCGCCCGAAACGCACACACACGCGCGCACACACGCGCUUACACGCACACGGCCGUGCAAGGGCACAGAUCGGGCCAGACUAGCAGAACCGAAUUGGUGUGUGGCAAAGUACCCGCGCGCGCGUUCGCUCAUCGUCGUCGUCGUCGUCGUUGGCAUUCGUAGAAGUGAGAUUAUCGGUCGUCGGUUGGUCGAUUCGGACGUUGUCGCUCCGCUGAGGGCGCGCAGCAAAACAUAACACACAACGGGGCUCACACCACUCGUUGGCAUAUUCAACCUGUGCCCUUUCCGCGCGGUAAAGUGCCCCCUCCCCUCCGUCGCCGACCUCCUGCUCCUCGCCCACGGGAGGAGUCCCUUUUAGUUUCUACGCAUACACAUACGCACGCGCCCCACAGCUAGCGAGAACUCCACCAGGCGGCAGCAGUAGCAGCAGUAGCAGCAGCAGCAGUUGGCAGGCAGGCGCACACAGAGGAGAAAACUCCACCAUCAUAUCCCGUUGGCCGUGUGUCGCCGUCGUUUUCGUCGGCGCUUUGUCCCCCGUGAUAGCACAGGAUCAACAUCCGAGGACGGAAACUAAAUUCCGCUGAAAAUAUCUCCGUCCGCGCGCGCUAGACAGCAGCAUCGUCAUCAUCGGUUCGGCCGACAGGCUCUGAGGCUCUCGGUUUCGCUUGUCAGCCAGCGUCGGUCGGUCGUCGUAACACCGCACGAACGGGUAGCGCGGGACAGCCAGAUUCGGCGACAAUCAACAUCCUUCGCAGGUUUUGAUUGUCCUUGGUGUAAUCCACCCCGUCCACUCUCGCUCUCUGCCCUCCGUCCCUCCUGCGACCCGGGGGUAGACGCUAGACUUCAAUGGAUUCGGAGAUUCCGGAACUUUCGGACGAAGCCGAGGAACACGUCAAACUCGACAACGGUGAUGAGGUUGCAUUGCCUCCGCGCACACGUUUAGUUACCACCACCGACGUGCAACAGGGCAAUACGCAGGUAGUGCAGGUGCCUGUAUCCCUGCCGGUCGGUACACUUAUCGGUGGCGCCACGUUCAACGUGCUCACCACUGAGCAGAUACAGCACUUUAAGCCAAUGAUUUGCGUCGACAACAACGGGUUCGUCUCGAGCAGUACGGUGGUCGGUGAUCUCGGCAACGAGCUGAAACCGACCCAUAUCGUCAUUCAGCAGCAGAGUUCCUCCGACAACCAGCAGCAGGACGAUUCGGGCAUGGUGGAAGGCGGUCAGUCGCAGAACAACUCCCAGCAAAGCUCGCAGCAAGGCGGCACGCAGGAGUAUCGCGUCGAGAGCAACAGUGCCCUGGCGAACCAUUUGGCUAACGUGGAGGUGCUGCAAGUGCGAUGCAAAACCACCACCGGUGAGCUGUACAAGAGCCGCCUGGGAUCUGGCGGCCGGGGGAAAUGCAUCAAGCAUAAGGACGGCUGGUACACGCCGAGCGAGUUCGAAAACAUUUGCGGCCGCGGCUCGAGCAAAGACUGGAAACGAUCGAUAAGGUACGGUGGGCGUAGUUUGCAGACGCUUAUCGAUGAAGGUAUCCUGACGCCGCACGCCACCAGCUGUACCUGUUCGGCGUGCUGCGACGACGAGUCUGGCGAAACCGCAACGGGACCGGUGCGUCUGUUUACACCUUAUAAGCGUCGGCGAAGGAACCAAAGUGAGCACGAGUCGCCACAGCUGGAUAAGAAGAAGCGCAUCGUCGUGACCAGCGGUACGACCACCUCGGUUGGCGGGAAUGCCACUAGCACAUCGGGCAGUAACAGCACAACCCACACCAACAAUGCCAUCAUUAACAGCAAUAGCGCCGCGACCACUACGAGCGUGGUGAACAAUUCCGCCAUAAGCAAUCAGCACCAGCAGCAGGUAGCUGUGCAGACGGCACAAGUGCAUGCAGCUACCCGGCAACAGCUACACCAGGCGACGGCCACAAUAAAUGCAACGCCCAUCAUUACCAACAACACGAGCACCACAACGACCACCACGACCGUGAAGGUCGUACAGCAGGAACAGCAGCAGGAGCUGCAAAACGAAUUGAUCACAACCAAAGAGGAACCGUGGCAGACGCUAACCGAGGGCAUCGACACAACGACGGAAUUCGUGGACCAGCAGACUCAAUUACUAGCGGAAGCUAAUUUACCUUUCGAAAGAAUGAAAACCUUCUGCACACAGCUGACGAAAAUGGUGCAGGAAAUGCGAAAGUGUAUUGUGGAAACGCAGGAGCAUCACAACCGCCAGCUAGAGUGCAUGCAACGGGAACGGGAUGCCGCAAUACUUACCGUGACGCAACUCGAACAGGAGCAGAACAUCAACAGCAACUGCAUUCCUCCGGGAUCGAUUCACGCUAACAAAAAGGUACAACUCGCCACCAAGCGGCUGGUGGUCGACCGAAACCAACUAAUCCCCCACAAUUUUUCCUUUUCUCAUGUGUGCAGUGCGCCAACUGUAAUCGUGAAGCGUUGGCCGAAUGCUCGUUGUGUCGAAGGACACCCUACUGCUCGACGUUCUGCCAGCGAAAAGACUGGAUCACGCAUCAGAACGAAUGCGUCCGGAGCACGCAGGAACCAACGCACCAGAUAAUGCUAAUAGUGGACGAAACGCAAUAGCCUUUAAUGUUCUAAUCGGGCCAACCCGAGAGGGUAAAGCCGCUUGUUCGACGGACAAUCGGCUUGCUUGGCUCCGAUGACGGACUUAGGUCAUAAUAUCGCUCCCCACUUACGUAAAAUACGUAAUUCCGGUAGCAGAUGUGUUGGACAGUUCGCUAGCUCGUGAAAUAUUUUAUAAACCAUUUUCACCAGAUAGCAAACAGUCCAAAACAACUGCACCGAAGGACAGUUUAAACCCGGUUCGGAAUCGUUUUCACUGGCUUACGGGAUUUGUUGAUUGUUUUAUUGCUUUAGCUAUUUUUACACUUGUUUUUUUUAUUAGUUUUAAAUUAUAUUACGUGUAUUUGUUUUCGUGGUAUACUUUCACGAAUCCGUAGUGGCGAACGUCAAAAUGAAUUAUUCAGCGGUACAAAGAGGUCAAUCAAAUGCUAUACUCGAUUGUCCAAUCAUGUACAGAAAGAACCAAGACUUACCUUACUUCAGCUCGUCCUUGGCAAGACAUAGCAAUAGUGACACAAAUUUCAAACACACCUAAAGUACGACCACAUACGCACGUACAAUGAAGCGAUUGAAAUGAAAUCACGCGAAAUAGGCUCCUUCAUUUAGAAUUUUAUUCUCAUGAUUCUGUGGUUGAUGUAGGAAAGGAAGUAAUCCGUUCCUGGGAAGUGUAUAAUAAUAACCCUAGCUGAUGUACAGUGCGUCUAUUUUUAUUGCAAUUAGUAAUAUUAUAUUGUAUUAUUACGUGUAUGUUUUGUUGUCUUAGGUAAAUUAAAUUCAAUCAAGUGUAUGUAUUGCUGUAUAUUUAAGUAGACGGAAGUAUCGUUUACGCAGGGAUUCGUGCAGAUAACGUACAAGAAUGAUUUAUUUUUUAAAAUAUUUCUUCAAUUUUGAUAUACUAAUGCAGAUAUACUAAACAUAAGGGUAAUGCAAAAAAGCAAGCUCUAGCGAAUGUAGGCGAUAAUGUACUUCCGAUUGUAAAGACUUUGGUUGCAAUUUAAAUGAGCAUAAUUUUAGAAAUAUCUAGGAUUAGAUAAUUUAAGAGAAAAUAAUGAAUAGAUUCGAUCGUGCAAGGGUGUAUGUAAGAAA